AUGAGUUCAUUUCAGUAUUUUUGAUUGUGCUCUCUAUACAUUUUAACAUUAUUUAGCUUCAUAUAUAAUACAUAAGUUUGGACAUGUGUAUAUGUUUUGUAGAUAACAAACACAAGUUUUUGAUAUAAAUGCAGAGCGCCAGGUAACUAAAGUGGCCGAUUUGUUAGCAUUUUUGGUGCUUGCUAUGAAUUAACUCAGCGGGUAUAGAACUUCCCAUGAAGUUGAGUGAGCAUUCUUUUCAAUAGACUUUUUCGUGUGUUCAGAGCUAAAUUUGAAUAAAGCUAUACAUGUCGUUGUUCAGUAUAAAUUAGACGCUAUCGCCUUCGGUAGGAAUUGACAGCUGUAUUACUCAAAGAGUAUUAGGAAAUCUUCGUAUACAUAUGUACAUAUAACUGGGUGACAAACUGCUCUAUAUUGAAUAUAUUAAUAAAUUACACAUUUUCUGUCGGUCGUGUGUAAAAACUACUGUGCAAAUGUUGAUAUGAAAGUCAAAUAUGUGAAAACUAAGAAUUUAGUAUUUAGACGGUUUACAUAAAUUCUUGUUCGUGGUUAUUAAAGGGGUAAAGACAGACGGUAGCAACUACACAGAUUCGUAUAAUACAUUUAUUAAAACUCCCAUACAUUAAGAUAAUAACUAGACGUAUCGCGACAUCGUUUCAACCGCUUAUCAGUAACGGUUUCUGUGUUAUCGAAUUACUCUUGGUUUCUUGUAUUUUUCGGUGAAUGGUGUUGAAUGACAAAGUAAAAAAUAUGUUUGUGUUAAGUAUAAAAUAAAUAUAAAAUAAAAUAAUUAAAAAAAAAGGAAAUUAUAAAAAAAAAAAAAAAAUAUUAAAAGCAACUCGAAUAAGACGUAAGAGCUUUUGUGUCUGAAAGAAGUUGCAUAUUUCACUGCAGUUGUGCAACGAUGUAUCCAUAUUACGAGCCGGAUUGGAGUGUUUUGCCGCCAGAAAACAAUCGCCGAUUUAAUCCAGCCUUUAAUAUGGCGACCAUACGCCAAGCAUUCACGGAGGCCGUCGAACGAGUAAGAAUGCCAACACCCACACGUCUGCGAGAUCUCAUACGGCAAAUACGCGCCGCCAGGACAGCCGCAGAAGAGCGCGCUGUCGUUAACAAAGAAUGUGCCUACAUCCGCAGCACUUUCCGGGAGGAGGAUUCGGUGUGGCGAUGCCGCAACAUUGCCAAGCUGCUCUACAUUCAUAUGCUGGGUUAUCCAGCGCACUUUGGACAGUUGGAAUGCCUAAAACUCACCGCCAGCACACGUUUCACUGACAAACGCAUCGGUUAUUUGGGUGCCAUGCUCUUGCUGGACGAACGUCAGGAUGUGCACUUACUGAUAACGAAUUGCCUCAAAAAUGACUUAAAUAGUUCCACACAAUUUGUGGUGGGUUUGGCGUUGUGCACGCUGGGCGCUAUAGCAUCACCCGAAAUGGCGCGUGAUUUAGCUAGCGAGGUUGAACGUCUAAUGAAGUCGCCCAACACCUACAUACGCAAAAAGGCCACUUUAUGCGCCUUUCGUGUUAUACGACGGGUACCAGAACUGAUGGAAAUCUUUUUACCGGCCACACGUUCGCUGCUAAGCGAGAAGAAUCACGGCAUACUAAUUACUGGCGUCACGCUGAUCACCGAAAUGUGCGAGAACAGUGCCGACACUUUAUUGCAUUUCAAAAAGAUUGUGCCGAAUUUGGUGCGCAUACUGAAGAAUUUGAUUUUGGGCGGCUAUUCGCCGGAGCACGAUGUCAGCGGCGUGAGCGAUCCAUUUUUGCAAGUGAAAAUUCUACGUUUGCUGCGCAUACUGGGCCACAAUGAUGUGGACGCAUCGGAGGCAAUGAACGAUAUAUUGGCACAGGUGGCCACCAAUACGGAGACCAGUAAAAAUGUCGGCAACACUAUACUGUACGAGACAGUGCUCUCCAUCAUGGACAUACGUUCGGAAGGUGGCUUGCGCGUGUUGGCUGUUAAUAUAUUGGGUCGUUUUCUACUUAACUCCGACAAGAAUAUCCGUUAUGUAGCGUUGAAUACAUUGUUGCGCACGGUGCAUGCCGACACGUCGGCGGUGCAACGUCAUCGCACCACUAUUUUGGAGUGCCUCAAAGAUCCGGACGUAUCGAUUAGGCGUCGCGCCAUGGAACUCUCAUUUGCGUUAAUUAAUGCACAAAAUAUACGUACAAUGACCAAGGAGUUGUUGCUGUUCCUAGAGAAGGCUGAUCCGGAAUUCAAAGCGCAAUGCAGUUCGGGCAUGAUUUUGGCCGCUGAACGUUACUCACCCAAUGCGAGAUGGCACUUGGACACGCAGUUGAGCGUGUUAAUUGCGGCUGGCAACUAUGUGCGUGACGAUGUGGUCUCGUCCACAAUUCAGCUGGUCUCCAGCAGCCCUGUGGCUGAGCAGACCUACAUAACGAAUCGUUUCUGGGAAUCACUGCAAGUCGCUAAUCACUGCGAGGAUAAACAGCCGCUGCUGCAAGUCGCCGUCUGGGCUAUUGGCGAGUAUGGCGACCUGUUUAUGUAUGGCCCCAACGAAGAUGAAUUCGAACGUCCAUCGGAGAGCGAUUUGAUCGCCAUGUUCCACAAGUUCUUAACCUCUGCUCAAGUAUCAAUAACCAGCAAGCAAUACGCCUUAGUCUCACUCGCUAAACUAAGCACGCGUCUACAGAACUGCGUAGAAGAAAUUCAGGCAUUGAUUACUUCAUUCGGCAGUCAUCUGAAUGUGGAUUUGCAACAGCGUGGCGUCGAAUUCACACAACUAUUUGGCACAUAUAAAAAUUUGCGUCCACCGCUGCUGGAGAAAAUGCCGCCGAUGCAGAUCAGUCGCAUCUCGUCGCAAAAUGGCGAAAGCAGCGGCUCGUACGACGACAACAGUCCGGACUUGAUUGAGAAUGGUAUAGGCAUUGGCGAUGAACAGUUAGCGAAGGAGAGCAAUAUGAAUACACUGGGUGAUAAUACGAACAUAUUACUCGACUUACUUGGUGGCACCGAUUUGAGCACACCCACCGCCACAGAGUUAUCCAACUCAGUUGCCGUGCAAAAGAAGAAUUCAAAGAAUGCUAAUGAAACGUCAAAUAAUCAAGCCAUACUCGAUUUGCUCGACUUGGACAUUUCAGCUAGCACGACCAGCAAUCAAGCGUCAAAUAUGAAUAAUGUACUUGGUCUGGAUUUGGGUGGCGGUUUGGCGGCCACAAUACCAGCAACAGCGGCGACAAAUGGCAAUGACUUGUCGAGCAUAAUGUCGUUGAGCGGCAAUGGCAUUGGCGGUGGCGCCAUUAGCGGCAUCGGCGCGGGUUUGGGUGCCGGCGGCCUCUUAGGUUCCAACAGUAUUUUAUCGCAACCUAACACAGUGCCCGGCAAUGCAUUGCUUUCGGACUUAGCGUCGCCAGUUGUGAAUGCAGCGCCACCAAACAAUAUUGCUGUGCCUCAGGGACCCACUUUAACUGUAUUGGAUAAGAACGAUUUGCUGGUGCAACUGGUGCCAGUUAGAAGAAACGACUGCUUACAAAUUUUUAUGACAACAACAAAUAAUUCAUCUAAUACACUGGAACAAUAUGUCUUUCAGGCUGCCGUUCCUAGAGUAUUCACACUACAAAUGCUAUCGCCCUCUGGCUCGGUACUGCCACCGGCUGGUGUUAUAACGCAAGAAAUGCGUGUUGUUAGUACGUCCAAUGCUACCCUCCGCAUGAGGUUACGCAUAUCAUAUGUUGUCGAUGGACAACCCGUUGUGGAGCAAACAGAAGUUACCGGAUUUCCUGACACUGCACCCGAAUAGGAAUCAAAAUAUGUAUAAUUAAAUUUGCAGUAUAAGCACAUCAAAUGUUAAUAGAGCGUUUAAGAAAGAAAACAAAAAAAACAAUAUCGAAACUGAAAAUUAACAACAAAAAGAAAACACCCUCCCUCUGUUCCCUCCUUUUAUCCUACUUAUCCCUUCAUACAAGUAUACAUGUGUUCUACAAAAAAAAACCACACAAACCAACUAUACAUUCUUUAUAAAUAUAUAUACAUAUAUUUUGUAAUAUACAUUUAACGUAGCAAUCAGUCAAAACACACAGUCUAACUGAUAUACAUAUGUACUAGCGAACGCUCUAAAUCUCACCACAAAAACAUAUACAGACACAAAUACGUGCUGAUUGCUUACACACACACGUUAAUACAAUGCAAGUUAGCAAUCAAAUCCAUGUCCAUUUACUCAUUCAAUCGCUCGUGUGAAAUUUUGUAAAAUAUACAUGGCACCAUAUAAUUGUAUUAUGUAUUUAGCGUAUGAAGAAUCAAACUGAUAAUAAAAACAAACACACACACAAUAACAAAAAGCGUAAUAGAAAAUAAAUAAACAAAAAAAAAGAAAAAAAUUAUAAAUUAUUUUAAGUGUAAACAUACAACUAUGUACAUUUAGAGAUGCUCAUAGCAGCCGAAAGACGAACUAAAACGCAACGCAUGUAUACUCGUACACAAGAGAUGCUAGUUAGACAGACGUAAAAUGUCCAAUUUUGCACGCUAAGCGCAUCCUACUAACUUCCCUUUCGUUAUGUAAUUUAAUUGGCCACAUUGCUGUGUGUUUUAUUGUGAAAAAUAAUGAAAAUAAUGCAUAUAUUGCUGAUGUCGGUGUGCUUCGUCCUAUUCUGUUAUAAUUCGCAAAGUUUUUGUUGAUGAAAAUUAAUUGUUAUUCGCCCAAAUUGUAUAAAUAUGUUUGCGCUACUUUGAUAUUUUAAGCAAGAAAAGAAAGAAA